UUCAUAAAUCGCUGCUGUCCUUUUUCUUGGACACAGCAGCAACACCGGACGUGCUCUACCUGGAGAUGUUCGAGCCCAAAGAAUUGCGCGACCGAUUCACAAAGAUGCGCGUGCUCGAUCUAGCACUGCAAAACAACAUGGACUCGUUGGACAAGAAGGCGCACCUCUUCUUCAAGCAGUGCAAGCGCGACGAGCUGCAGAUCGAGUCCAUAGACACGGAGUUCCACAGCCUGCGCGGAGAGUACUUCAAGGUGACUUCCUACAGCUGGACCAAAGCAGCCACUGCUCUGCUGCUGAUUAUGGGAGAGGAGAAUUAGUGAAGGCGCUAAUUUGACCGACACUCUGGUCAACAGCUUCGCGGGACACGUUGCGGGCUC